UUUCUGAGUUUGGAUCCCCCUCUUUCCCACAAUCAGGAGAGAAAAAGAGAGAGAAAGAGAGAGAGAAGAAGGAUGGUGCUCGGCCCUUCACAGCUCUGGCUGCAAGUGUGAAAGAAGAAGAAGAAAAAGAAGAAGAAGAAGAAGAAGAAGAAGGAAACCUUUCUUUCAUCCUGGGUUUCAGCAUCUGGCGACCUGACUUUUUUAAUCUCUUGUUGACACGUCCCGACCACUGACAGCCUCUGACAUGGAGUCUCCCACCAAAGAGAUUGAGGAAUUUGAAAGCACGGCCCUGAAGUACCUACAGCCGGAACAGAUUGAGAAGAUUUGGCUCCGACUCCGAGGACUCCGCAAGUACAAGAAGACGUCCCAGAGAUUAAGAUGUCUGGUGAAGCAGCUGGAGAGAGGAGAAGCCUCCCUCGCUGACCUCAAGAAAAACCUUGAGUACGCCGCGUCGGUGCUGGAAUCUGUUUACAUCGAGGAGACGAGACGCCUGCUCGACACAGAGGAUGAGCUCAGUGACAUCCAGUCAGAGUCGGUCCCCUCAGAGGUGCGGGACUGGCUGGCCUCCACCUUCACGCGACAGAUGGGCUUGAUGUUGCGGCGCAAUGAGGAGAAACCGCGCUUCCGCAGCAUCGUCCACGCGGUGCAAGCGGGAAUAUUUGUUGAGAGGAUGUACCGGCGCACCUCCAAUAUGGUGGGACUCAGCUAUCCCCCAUCUGUCAUAUCUGUGCUUAAGAAUGUUGACAAGUGGUCAUUUGACGUCUUUGCUCUUAAUGAGGCCAGCGGGGAGCACGCACUUAAAUUCAUAUUCUACGAGUUACUCACAAGAUAUGACCUCAUUAGCCGCUUCAAGAUCCCCAUCUCUGCAGUGGUGUCGUUUGUGGAGGCCCUGGAAGUUGGAUACAGCAAACAUAAAAACCCCUACCACAACCUGAUGCACGCUGCUGAUGUCACACAGACUGUGCAUUACCUGCUCCUGAAGACUGGGAUGGUGCACUGGUUGACUGAGCUGGAGAUCUUUGCCAUGAUCUUUGCGGCAGCAGUGCACGACUAUGAGCACACAGGGACCACAAACAACUUCCACAUUCAGACAAGGUCAGACACAGCCAUCCUAUACAACGACCGCUCAGUGUUGGAGAGCCACCACGUGAGCGCAGCCUACCGUCUGCUGCAGGAUGACGACGAGAUGAACAUCCUCUACAACCUGUCCAAGGAUGACUGGAGGGAGCUGCGAGCUCUGGUGGUGGAGAUGGUUCUGGCCACAGACAUGUCCUGCCAUUUCCAGCAAGUGAAGGCCAUGAAGAACUUCCUACAACAACCUGAGGGCAUCGACAAGCCCAAAGCCCUGUCCCUGCUGCUCCACACAGCAGACAUCAGCCAUCCGGCCAAAAGCUGGGACCUGCACCAUCGCUGGACCACCUCCUUACUGGAGGAGUUUUUCAGACAAGGGGACAAAGAGUCCGAGCUGGGCCUCCCAUUCUCACCGCUCUGUGACCGAAAGUCAACAAUGGUGGCUCAAUCUCAGAUCGGUUUCAUCGACUUCAUCGUGGUUCCCACCUUCACUGUGCUGACUGACAUGAUGGAACGCAUCGUCACGCCGCUCAUCGACGAGGCCUCCCACUCCGGCUUCACCGGCUUCCGACGCUCCAGUCUGAACAGCAUCAGCUCAGAUGAAGCGAAGAGACACAGUGUGAAGAGCACAGGCUCCGACAGCGGCUCGUCGGGCCAGUGCUCCCUGCUGACGGUGGACAUCAAGAACUUCAAGUCUCUGUGGAACGAAGAGGUUUAUCAGAACAGGGAGAGGUGGAAAACUCAGGCUACCAAAGAGGCAGAGGAAAGAGCUAAAAAGGAGGCGGAGGAGCGGGCCCAGCAGGAGGCGACGAUGGAGCCGCAGGAGGCCCAGUCCCAGACCUCACAGCCAGAACCAAAGGAGAACAAAAUGGAACAGGAGUCGCCCUCCGAGUCGUCACAGGUCAGCAGACAAACGGAUGGAAACAAGGUGGAAACGGACGAGGGAGAACGUUCUGGAAGCACGGCACAAAAGGAUCUUCCUCCUCUGCAUAACGGAGAGUUGUCUGAAGGAGCCGAGUCUCCACAGGAAAACAAGAACAAAAGUGUUGACGAAGAAGAGAUGGAAUAGCCAAGCCAGCUUUGAUUUUUUUUCCAGCAAAUUCGGACUGAAUCUGUCUCUAAACUAACGACUGGGAGAAGCUCACGCUGGAGGCACAGGCCAUCUCUUGGACUGCAGCGCCCUCUGGGGGACACCAAGAAAGUCACACCUUCACUUCCAUUUCGUCUUUGGGAUGUUUUUACUUUUCCUGCAUUUAUACUCCAGUGCCCGUGUACAUAGAGAUAACGGCUACACCCAUGUGCAUUACUCCCUCCUGCUUAUUGAUAAAUAUAAAUAUGUUGGGUUUUUUUUAAACUGCAGGUGAUGGUAGAGGUCUAUAGGAGCCAGUGAAAGGCUGUGUCUCCUGUUAUGGGGGGGGGGGGGGGGGUCAAAAUCUUCCUCAACACUUUCCCUUCUCGUUACUCAAUUAUUAGAUUUUGGCAUCACAAAUCAAAGUUAAACUUUAAAGGUUUUUGGCAACUUUUUUUUUAAUAUGUUCAUUUAUGUUUGUCAUUACGUUCACAUGUCUGUGUUGGGAGAGAAGCACUGCGUACAUAUGAAGGGUGAGGAGCUUCCACAGCUGCUACAGAGAGGCUCCGUAGUCCAAGUGUGGAACCUGGAGCACCAACCGUUGAAUAACAUCGGCAAAAACGAUCGUUCUGAAGAGGAGCAGUUAGAGUGUGAGUGCAGUACAGCUUGGUUUUGACAGAGGGCAACUCUAUUUUAUACCUAUCCUUUCCACUUCUUGCUUUUCUUUAAAAAACAGAAACUGUUUCUGUUCCUGCAGCCAAGAUGAUAAAGUUCAUGUAUGUGUGCGCGCGUGUGCGUGUCUCAUGUCAUCUUCACAAUAUAUUUAAAUUUGAAUUUACAUGCACAGAACGGAGCCACAGUAGAAUUCUUCAGUCCAAAUAUAUUUUUUAAAUAUAUUGUAAUAUAAUGUAGUGUAUAAAAAAGAAGGAAAUCCAAGAAAUAGAAUGCAAAUCUGACAUAUAUCAGACAUAUCACACCCUCAGAUGCAUCAAUGACGUCAUGGUCUACACACAGUCUUUUCGUUCGGUUCCUCUACCUGUUGUUGUUGCAUCCGUCUGCCACCGGAGGCGCUGUAGUUUCGUUGUUGAAAAGACUUGUUAUUAUUUCCAAUGCCUUCUCGUGUGCUGCAGCUGUCGCAGGCAGUUGUUCAGCUCCAGCAGCUUGUCAUCCUGAUGUCGGUGUAAUGUUGAACCAGUGUGUUUCUACUGUGUUUGUACAACUAUUAGCCAUCGCGCUUGUGACAACGACGUCCAAACUGUAUCUGCUUCUCGUUCUUGUUUACCGGGGGGGUUUUUUUUGAGCUUGUGAUGCUGUGUAAAAGAAGAUGCAAAGUUUGCUUACUGUGCAUUUGUACCAUAACGAACCCCCGCCCUGCUGGUUUGGCUUUGACUGCUCUAUGUACUUUGUGUGUAUUGACACAUGACAAAGGAAGGGAAACAAGCAACAAGCAUUUGGGCAGUAUUUGAAAAAAAUAUGGGUAUGUUUUUUUUUCCCCCUCAAUUAUUGUGCACUUUUAUUUAUAUAUUUUUUUAAGAAUCUCCCGAACUUAUCGUGUCGAGAUCGUGUUCUUGGCAUGUUGUUAAAAAAAAAACAAACAAAAAAAAACAAUACAUGUGAAUACUGCUGCCCAUUCUAAUCCGUGUACUAUAUAUAUAUAAAUAUAUAAGUAUAUAUAUAUAUUAGUUUGAAAACUGGUGAACAAAGAAUUCUUUCUAUGAGGUUCUAGAAGGUAGGAAUUAUUUUUAUCCUCUUUGUUUUUUCUAUUCCAGCAGGAACACUAGAAUCCCACCCGUUUGUCACACGACACUACUAUAAACCUAAAGAAAUAGUCAGUGGUUAGCAAGCCACCUGGCUGAAACUUAUACUAUACAUGUGCUUCUUUUUUUCUUUUUUUCCCCCACACCUUUCAAACCACUCUUGUGAUGUCAUCUGAAUCUGUGCUGAUCCAGGUUCAGUCGAACGACGAGUUACAAUCUUUCACUAUUUCAACACUGAAGCAGCCUCGUGGGAAGGCGUAUUUUAGAAAACGGCAGGAAAUUCUUUAAUGUCUGCAAUUUGAUGUUGCAGAGGUUUAGUUUUUAUAAUGGGAUAGUUUUGUUUUGUUUUGUUUUGUUUUUUCAAGUACAUUUUUAGCCGUUUCGUGCACUACAGUGUAUGUUUUCCCCUUUAAAAGAACUGUUUUAAUUAUUUUUAUUUUUUGACUCAGAAGAAAUGGAAAAGUAACUUUUUUCACCCUCUAAUUUUUGCCUUUCUUUGUUGAAUCUGUUCAAUGUGUUUAUCCUCACCAGCUCUCCGGCCACAAAAACAUUUCUAAAAUUUUAAGCAUACCGAGGAAAAGCCAAUUUAAAAAGAACAAACAAACCAGAAGCUGGUUGUCUGAACCGAGGACCGAUCACGUGUACAGUCUUGUUGUCUGCUCUUUCACAUGCUACUGUGAUAGCCAACUGUAGGAAUGUUUAGCAGUAAUUUAUACAGAGCAUAAUUAGAAACCUAGCCGUAUUUAGGACACGUGAAGACUGCUGAACAUGGUGUUUGGUAACGGUUUCCUCUGGAACAGAUUGUUGUUUGUUUAUUGCUUUUCCCCUCGUUUAUUCUCUGUAAUGACUGAUUUCAAACUGUUCUGCUUACUGAAGUCAGAGGGAUGUAGAUCACGGAUGUGUGUGACUGGGUGUGUGUGUGAGGGAGAGAGAGAGAGAGAGAGAGACUGCUGAGAAUACUAAAUGUGCAUUUCUGAUCUCCUCACUGUGACCUGCUCUAUCAAUGAGAGUGUGUGUGUGGGGGUGUGUGGGUGGGUGUGGGUGGGUGGGUGUGUGUGGAGAAAAUGGCAGCGUGACAUUGGACGGUGUGAUGCUGGAUGGACAACC